ACCAGGCCCAGAGUUGCCAGGAACAUAAAAUUCUUGUUCAGAGCGCCGAGCCAACCCCGUACCCAACCCCAAAACCCCCAACCUAGGGUUCCGCCGGCAUGGGAUCCGUCGCCUCCGCCGCAGCGUCGCCGCCGCCUCCCCCGGCGCAGCCCCAAGAGGGUGCGUCGCCGUAUGGAGUCGGACUCGCCGGGAUCCUCCCGCCGAGGCCGGAGGGGGAGGUGAAGAAGGAGAAGGUCGACUACCUCAACCUCCCCUGCCCGGUGCCCUUCGAGGAGAUCCAGCGCGAGGCCCUGAUGUCGCUGAAGCCUGAACUUUUUGAAGGAUUGAGGUUUGACUUCACAAAAGGGUUAAAUCAAAAGUUUUCACUUAGCCACAGUGUUUUUAUGGGCUCCUUAGAAGUACCAUCUCAGUCACCUGACACUAUAAAAGUUCCAACUGCACAUUAUGAAUUUGGUGCCAAUUUCUUAGACCCAAAGUUAAUGCUCAUUGGAAGGGUGAUGACUGAUGGAAGACUGAAUGCUCGUGUGAAAUGUGAUUUGACAGACAAUCUUACGCUAAAAGUAAAUGCACAGCUUACCCAUGAGGCGCAUUACUCCCAAGGAAUGUUUAACCUUGAUUACAAGGGCACUGACUAUCGAGCACAAUUUCAAAUUGGAAACAAUGCAUUUUAUGGUGCAAAUUAUAUUCAGAGUGUUACACCAAACCUGUCAAUGGGAACUGAAAUAUUCUGGCUUGGCCACCAGAGAAAGUCAGGGAUUGGUUUUGCCUCUCGCUAUAACACGGAUAAAAUGGUGGGUACUCUACAGGUCGCAAGCACUGGAAUAGUUGCCUUGAGUUAUGUCCAGAAAGUUUCCGAGAAGGUUUCCCUCGCAUCUGACUUCAUGUAUAACCACAUGUCAAAAGACGUGACUUCCAGCUUUGGUUAUGAUUACUUGCUUAGGCAGUGCCGUCUAAGAGGCAAAAUUGACUCAAAUGGUGUUGUUGCUGCAUACUUAGAGGAGAGAUUGAACAUGGGUGUUAACUUCCUUCUUUCUGCAGAGAUUGAUCAUCCAAAGAAGAACUACAAGUUUGGUUUUGGAAUGACUGUAGGAGAGUAAUUCUGCUGAAACUAUUGCUGUUUUCUGUGGGUGCACAUGAGAUACUUGGGCAGUUGUCUUUGCAUGGAUGUUACAGCACUUCAGGCCUCAGUUUUGAGUGAACAGUUUCUUGCCCCGGUGCCGUGGGAAAAUAUAGGAGCAAUCCAUUGCAACUUUACAGAGUUUCUCUCUGUGUAUUGGUGGUUGUGUACUUUCAGCAGCUUGAGAUAAUAUGAGCAUGGGGGCCAUGAUUCUUUGUUCAUCUUAGAUGGAACAAGCUGAACAGUUUGAAUAGUUUUGUCAGCUGGUAGCGAUUUUUACUCCUAAGUCGACACCAGCUCACCACAGGCCUUUUGUGUAUGAUCAUCUUAAACGAGCCACAGAAGAUUUACGGUUCAAAGGUUCUGACCAUCUGCCAUAUUUGCUAUUCUCACGGGCUUCUGUUCAUCUAUGCUUAGUCAGCAUGAGAUUUAGUACGUUGUGUUAAUCGCACCAGUAUUUGUUUUCGGUCUUUCAGUACCAAAGCAAUUUUGUUUCAGUUC